AUCGUCAUCAAGUUAGAGAGACCGGUAGUGCUGACAGCCAGGCAGGCAUCAAAUGGUAGACUUUCUUCUGUUUACACGGUCAGGCUUUUGAAGAAGUGCAAUUUGCAAUGCGAUUCCGGAGCGUUUAGCAAAUAAAGAGGAGCCAGAGAUCCAGUUCCUUAUGGCUCUGUAUGAUGAGAACCUCCAGAACAACCCUUUUUAUCUGGCGCUGGAGAAGCAGCGUCCCGACCUGUGCAGCAGAGUGGCAGAGCUCCAUGGCAUCGUUUUGGUGCCGUGCCGUGGAAGUCUAACCCUUGGGGCGUACACAGCAGCCCAGUUUGAAACCUACGUUUUACAGCCCUCUGGAGAGGGAUAUCAGACUGUAGAUGGGAAGGAACUGACCAUCCAGGACAGCCAGGUCAGACUGGGCGCAGGGUUCCAGGCCCCAGCCAACGUGCCCAUCCUGUUUGAGGAGACUUUUUACAAUGAGAAGGAGCAGAGCUACAGCAUCCUCUGUAUCGCCAGGCCCAUCGACACAGACCAAAGCCCAGUGGAGGUGACCCCCAGCCCAGGACUGUACUGUCUGAAGAAUGUGGAGGAUGUCCGGGAGUUUCUGGGCCGCCAUGCGGAGAAACUGGACAAGUUCAUAAGCAGCUUCUGCCAUUCCUUUAAAGAGCAGGAAAGGAAGGGACUGCGACACCACAUUGACUCAGUGAAUGCCCUUUAUACUAAAUGUCUUCAGUGCCUGUUGAGAGACUCAAGCCUGAAAGUGCUGGCCAAACAGGAGCUCCAGAUGACUCUCCUUAAACAAGCGGUGGAAAUGUAUAUACAUCAUGGUAUCCAUGAUUUAAUAUUUAACUUUGUGGGAACUCUUGAAGCCAGCCAGGAUUCUGCCUUCAACAAAACCACCAGAGGUCUGCAGGACCUGCAGCAGAAAGACUUGGGGUUCAAAUCUGAAUUUAGUAUAAAUAUACCCCGGGCCAAGAGAGAGCUGAGCCAGUUGAACCACUGCACCUCUCCUCUACACAAGCUGCUCUGCCUCAGAAAGGUGGGACUCGCCAUCAUGCAGUCCCCCAGCAGCUCAGUGAGCAUUGAGGCCGUAUGUGCAGAUGAUCUUCUCUCUGUCAUUCUGUACUUACUUGUGAAGACUGAGAUCCCCAAUUGGAUGGCCAACCUGAGCUACAUCAAGAACUUCCAUUUCUGUAGCUCCACCAAGGACGAGCUGAGCUACUGGCUGACGUCGUUUGAGGCCGCCGUCGAGUUCAUCAGCCAGGGCAACCUCAACCUGAGCCAGGAACGAAAGGGCUCAGGGGAACUGAACGACAAGGUGCGUUUCACACAGAAAAUAAACCUGCUCUGUCAGAACGAUGCUACCCCCAUCAACUGUCUGUUUGAGCACAUAGCCAACGGUAACGAAGCGGAGGUCAAGCGUGUGUUGAGUGAAAACGAAAGCGAUGAGGACGGGGUGAAGAUGUGUCACCCCCUUUGCUCCUGUGAUCACUGUGAGCUCCGGGUCUCUGGAAGACUGAAUGACCCGUCCAUUGUAACACCCUUCUCUCGAGACGAUAGAGGAUAUACGCCACUUCAUGUCGCUGCUAUCUAUGGUCAGUCCCUGUUGAUCGACCUGCUGGUGUCUAAGGGCGCUCUGGUGAACGCCACAGACUACCACGCCCUCUCACCCCUGCACCUCUCCUGUCAGAAGGGCUACCAGGGAGUCACGCUGCUGCUCUUGCACUAUAAGGCGAACACGGAUGCCCAGGACAACAAUGGAAACACUCCUCUGCACCUGGCCUGUAUGUAUGGACAUGAAGAUUGUGUUAAGGCUCUGGUGUACUACGACCUGCCCACGUGCCGUCUGAACAUCCAGAACGACAAGGGGGACACCCCCCUGCACAUCGCGGCCCGCUGGGGCUACGAGGGCAUCAUCGAGGUUCUGCUGGAGAACGGAGCCAGCACCACCAUCUACAACAAGGCCAAGGACUCUCCACUACAGUGUGCUUUGAAUUCUAAGAUUUUGAUGCUGCUGGAGUUGACACACAACAGUUCUCACAGAAGAGAUGGCAAGGAUUCCCCUAACCGCUCUCCCGAGGCCUCUGUCUGCAGCAGCCGCCGUUCCUCUGUCUCCAGCACCACCUCCCAGAGCUCUGAGGCCAGGCCCGACUGCGACAGGGUCCUCCACAAAGAGGUGGAGAAGUUGCUGCGUGCGGCCGCCGAUGGAGACAUAGAGAUGGUGCGGUACCUGUUGGAGUGGUUGGACGAGGAGCCAGAGGAGGAGGAAGCAGGGCUGCCCUCCUGGACUAAGUUGUGCCACCCACUGUGCCAGUGUCCACACUGUGGGCCGUCACAGAAGAAGUUUGUGUGCCUGCAGGCCAGUGGUCUGGGUGUGAACAGCAGUAGUGUGGAUGGCUUCACUCCCCUACACGUGGCGGCGCUCCAUGGUCACACGGCGCUGGUGUCCCUGCUCAGCCGCAACGGGGCCAACGUCAACGCACGCAACAGCCAGAGUGCCACGCCACUGCACCUGGCCAGCCAGAACAGCCACAUACAGGUAGUGACAUCACUGCUGGAGUGCAACGCCAAGCUGAAUAAGAAGGAUCGCUAUGGCAACACCCCUCUGAUUCACACCUGCCUCAGAGGUCACCUGGACACGGCAACCAUCCUGCUGCAGAGCAACGCCUCAGUGAACCUGUCCAACAUCCAGGGCAACACGGCCCUGCACGAGGCUGUGAAAGGGGGCCACCUGGCCCUGGUGGAGCUGUUACUGCAGGCUGGAGCCUUGGUCCACAUGAGGAACAAGAGACAAAGGACAGCACUGGACUGUGCCGUGGAGACCAGGGGAAAAAACACUGAAAUCCUGAGGACUCUUCAGAAGGCAUCUGGACUCUCCCACAAUGCUGAACCAAUCAAACGGCUCUCUGUGCCCAAGGGGGCUCUGGGUAAGAGAGUCGGUAUAGACACCAGCCACUGUUUUUCCUUGACCACCUUCCUGCUAGAGCAUGAAGCACACACAUUUGUCCAGCGGCUCAAGCAUCAGCAGGUUAAUGUCAGUGGGAGACGUCAGAAGCUGGCCCAGUCAAUAAACCGUGUUCAGCAAAUGAAGAAAGGUCUUCCCAGGGACACCAGUGUGCCUUCCAUCAAGUCCCCCACUCCUGAGAGGUGUAAACUGAGGCGGGGGGAGACCCUGGAGAGCAGUGGGCCAUUCAGCAUCUACUCUAGCCCAGAGGGAAGCCCCAAGCCUGGUGACCAAAGGGACAGAGAGAGGGCCCUGAGCCGCAGUCACACCGUGGACACAGUGCACCCCCAGUCUCCUCAGUGGGGCCGGGACCGGAGACACACAGGAGAGGCCGAGGCAAAUGAGGACACUCGCGAGGUUCCGUCACACUCACCUAGCCAAGUCAAUGCAGACGAAGACCGAAACGGAGAGGAAAAGAAUGUCCACACCUCACCAGACACCGAAGUAGCGUCUAAGAGGAACUGUCCUGAGACUGAGGGCCCACCCAAAGACAUGGAGGACCUGGUAGAAGAAUUGGUGGUAGAAAUAGAGGUACUCUGAGGCGCAGAGGCCAAGGCAGACCCCAGUCAAGGGAGAACUUGCACAGUGUGGGUUAACCAGAGAAGAGUGUGGGGCCUACUUUUAGUUAGUUGACCUGACUGUUAUUUUAAGCACUUUUUCUCCUUGCCUUCACGAAAAAGGGAUGCAAAACAUGUUGAUUCAACUUCAUGCGAAUGUAAUUCUGUUUUAGCUUAUUUUAGUUUUGUUGCUCACCCUUAUAAAAGAGACGGUCGAUAGAACAUUCUGACAGUGGAUAGUGACAUUGCAUAUCAGUAUGUUUUAUUGUUUUGUCUACUUGACAAAAAUGCUAAUCUGAAUAUCUAUGAUUAUGUUACAUCUGGACGUUUUUUUUAUUUGAACAUAUAAAAUCAGGGCUCUAUUUUUUAAAAUGUAGUUUAAUUUGAUUACAGUCCUGCGGUUUGGAUUUUAUUCCCUUUAGAAAACCAGAAAUUGACAUAGGUUAGAAAUGUCCAUUUAUAGUUUUCUAUCUAUAACACAAUGGUGUGUGGCAUUUGAAUGACUAUGCAUAGUGAGGCCACACUUGUAUCCCAGUGAAUGUCGAAACACUUAGAAUAGUUAUCUUGGUUGCUUUGUAGGUAGAGAGAGAACCAUAAGUGUAUACGCACAAAUCUAUAUACGGUAGCUCAAUCCACUGACUCCACAAAUGGAUAGUACUGUUGCUAAAUACUGCUUUGAGAAUAUAAUAACACAAUUGCCAUAUUUAAUUUGUUUAUCCAUCACCUUUAUUCUGAUAUUUAUCCUGUAGAAAAUAAUAGAAUGCAAAAACAAAAGGGUUUAAUUUAGCAUUCAACUGAUAAUUCAAUUUCACCUCUAUGGCAGUUGAUCCUAAUCCUGCUAAGCGAGGCCACAUAGGACCCAACCAAUUCUAUGGGGAGUUUGCACUUUACCAAGUACCAUUUUGUUUGGGGGGGGUUUAUUAGCAACACUCUGAAAUCUCAGUAGUUUUGAACUGACAUUUAUUGAACUCAUCAUUAUCCAGCACAUACAGUACAUUGAACACAGAUGACUAGCAUCAGCGUACAGAUGUAUUUUUUUAUUUCAAAGUUACUGUUUUGGUUUAUACAGUAGCAGUUGUUUACUCCAAUCUCAAUGUUAUUUUCAUACUAAAGUAUUUUAUUACAUUUUUAAAAAUGUUAGAUGCAGUGAACGUGCCUUAUUUAAUUUGUCAAAAUAACCUGUAAUAAAUUCAUGAUCAAGAGGUCA